AUGACAAAACUUGGAAUUUCUUGUAAACAAAUCGAAAACAGUACCCAAACAUUGCCUGACGGAACAACAAUUCCCCUUCCUCCAGUUCUUUUUGGGACAUUGGGGAAGGACAAAAAUAAGAAGACUUUGCUUAUUUAUGGGCAUUUGGAUGUUCAACCAGCCAAUUUUGAUGAUGGAUGGAAUACCGAGCCAUUUAAAUUAACCGAAAUUGAUGGGAAAUUAUUUGGACGAGGUUCUACUGACGAUAAGGGUCCAGUACUUGGAUGGCUUAAUGUUAUUGAAAGUUUACAAAAAUUGGGAAUUGAAAUUCCGAUUAAUUUAAAAUUUUGUUUUGAGGGAAUGGAGGAAAGUGGGUCGUUGGGAUUAGACACAAUUCUGAAUAAAUAUAAAAAAGAAUUUUUGGAAGAUGUUGACUUUACUUGUAUUUCUGAUAAUUAUUGGCUUGGAAAGGAAAAACCGUGUAUUACUUAUGGACUUAGAGGAAUCUGUUCUUAUCAAGUAGAGGUUACUUCACCAAAACAAGAUUUACAUUCUGGGACUUAUGGAGGAGCAAUACACGAACCAAUGAUUGACCUUUGCUGGAUUUUGAGUCAAUUAACUGAUAAUAAUGGCAAUAUUCUUAUAAAUGGGUUGGAUAAGAUGGUGGCAGAAUUGACAAAAGAAGAAUCUGAGCUUUAUGACAAGAUUACAUCAUUUGACAUGGAGGCAUUUCAAAAGGAUAUUGGAGUUGGGAAGUUAACUUCAACAAAUCCAAAAGAAAUUUUAAUGCGUAGAUGGCGUCAACCUUCACUUUCUGUUCACGGUAUUGAGGGGGCUUUCUAUGGGAAAGGAACAAAAACUGUUAUACCCGCUAAAGUUAUUGGCAAAUUCAGCAUUCGACUCGUGCCAGAUAUGUUUCCAGCUGAAGUUGAUAAAGUUGUUAUUGCUCAUUUGACUAAAAUCUUUGCUGAAAGAAAUACUGCCAACAAAAUUAGAGUAAUUCCUAGCGGCGGUGCUUUGGCUUGGUUGGGUGAUUUUAGACAUGCACAUUAUAAGGCUGGGGCUAAUGCUGUUAAAAAAGUUUAUGGAGUUGAGCCUGAUUUUACUAGAGAAGGUGGAAGUAUUCCUGUUACUUUGACAUUCCAAAAUAUUACUGGAAAGAAUGUUAUGCUUUUGCCUAUGGGACGUUCUGAUGAUAUGGCACAUUCACAGGUGUAGGCUACUUAUCAAUUUUCAAAUGGUUUGUGCAAAUUAUGUAAUGUUUUUAUAUGUAGUGUUUUUAUACCAACAAAACAUUGGAGAAUCUUUUGCAGGGUUUUUUUAGAAAAUAUAAUCCAUAAUUUGGACACAAUUAGAUAGCCGACUAAUCUACACCUAAAAACAAUAAAAUCUGGUAUCAACAUGACGAUAUUCCUCUCAUUAGGGGGUUAAAAUUGUUUCACGCAGCCAACCUAUCGUUUAUCGAAAGAAAAUGCGCUCAGGGUAUUCUUAAAAUUCUCCGUUGUGGAAAACCUCUUCAGAAAAAUUUAAAAGAAGCAUCAUACAAGAAAGCAUUGGAGAAUCUCUCGAAGGUUAACA